AGGGAUGGAAGAAGAUGAACUAGAAAUAAAACUGGAAUAUAGCAGACGCCCUCAAUCUACAUCUGCUGGAUGGAUCCUACCCACCAAAACUGAAACCCUAUAUAUACCUUUGGCCCAAAUAGGGAGGAAAAGUUGCUUUAACAUCGGUUGACUCGUGCCAUUUCCGUUUCUGUUAUGUUACCACCAACCAACCAGCAGUAUAUAGAACUUGCAUUCGAAAAUGCCAUGAAAUGUGCUAAAUAGUGGUGCACACUGUGUUCAAGUCUUGAUUUGAUCUGUCGAUGAUAAACUUUUUAACCAAACUACGGUAAACAUCAAGAUUCAAGUGCAAGGAAGCAAACCGACUUGGUGGUGCAUCGCAGCAUCACAUACUCUCUCAAAUCGCGUCAUCACAUUCAGACUGACUUAAGGUUGAAAGAUCAUCUAUCUUAUCAAAAGAGAGAGAGAGGAGAGGAGAACAUGCAGCAGAGCAAUUAUUUUAACCGAGUGACGUGACUUUACAAAACAACAUUUAAGCCAUAACAUCUGUGAGGAGGAAACAAUAGCAGACACAUUUUCAUUCGCUCUCUGAUCUGCGAGAUCGUCGUGUCAUUAUCAUCCCACAAAAAUAUAUUAUUAUUAAAAAGCAAUAAAGAUACGUGUACAUAACUUGUGCCCAAUUCUCAUUUCAGAAAAGUGAGUCGUUUUCACUUUAAUACAGAUUACACUAAUUUCAGUCGAGUUGAAAAAAUUGUGUGGUGAAACUGUUUCCAAUUGUGUGAGUGCUAAAAUGAUACAAAACGUGGCAUCUUAUUUUAAUAGAAUUAUUUAAUUGUAAGUGAUCGUUGGAAUAUAAACGGAAUCAUUCUCCAGUAAAAUAAGAGUCACUAAAAGUCUGGUCUGGGAAAAGUCUAUUCAAUCAAAUUUCCAGUGCAAUUCCGGUCCACGUUGACCACGUCCUUCAAUGCCGAGCAGCACAAUGGACACCAUGUAUAAAGACGAGCAAAUCGUGAUGACGACAAAGAACAAGACGGAGAAGUCGACCACGAUCGCGAUGGAGAGGCGACGAGUGGAUUCCGUGGACGCAAACAAGGUCCAUAUCGCGGGUGGGAAUCACACCGGGAUUAUUAUCAACAAACAGAUAACCAACGGAGCUGACGUAGACCAUUCCGCCCCUCAGUUGUCCCUUGAGUUCAAAGUCUUUCUGAUUAAUGCAACAACUCAGAAGCACAUGUUGGAGUCUCGACAGUUGCGAUUCUGGUUCAAGGAUGAAUUUCCCAUAUCGGAUCGUGCAAAGUAUGCUCAAGAGUUUUUCAAAGAGCUGGUCAGCCCCACGGAAUUUCCAAGAGAUUACGUCGGGUUUAUCAUGAAAAUCAUGAAACUCAUGCAAGUUCGAUACGUGUACUUGAGAAAAGUAGAAAUCGAGCUUAGGCAGUUGGAAGAAACGGAUCGGCCUCCAGAGCGACCUAUGUCCGCAGAUGAUGCAGCCCAUGCUGGAAGAGUAGAAGCUACAGAAGAAAAGCUUCUCGAGAUGAUUGAAUCCUCCUACCCAAAUCCUUUGACACUUCAAGAUAUUUCCAGGCAAACAACAAGUGGAGAAGAUGAAAUUAGAUGCCAUCUUAGUGUUCUUCAGUCCAAGGGAUUGAUCAAAGCGUUAGAUAAUAAUGCUUUCACUCGAGUCGUGCAGAAUGAAACGACCGUAAAAAUUGUUAAGCAAAUGCCAAAAAUGGUAAAAGCAAAGCAACCCACAAUUGCCAUCAUUACAGCACAAUACUGCGAGAAAUUGGCUGUCGAUGCUAUGAUUGAAAAUCAGGAAACAUUUGUUAGAUAUACCACUGUGGGCGAAUCUAACGUAUAUACUUUGGGAAAUAUGGGAGCUCACCGAGUCGUUUCAACAAAGCUCCCAAGCGUUGGCCAUACUCGUGAAGCAAUAAUUGCUGCAGGGAACACUACGACGAGACUUUUGGGAACAUUCCAGAAAGUAGAUUACGUAUUCUUAAUCGGUGUUGGAGGUGGCGUUCCACAUUUUACUGAUUACAAUAAGCAUGUCCGCUUGGGGGAUGUUGUUGUUUCCACUCAAACUGAAAAUCAACAAUUUGUUUACCUGCACUGCGAUAAAGCCACCGAAAAAUCAUCAGGCGGAUUAGAGUUUGAAACUCGAGGAUGGAUUCCAUCUAGCCUUAUCCUGCAAGAAAUCGCAUCUCAAAUUCAAGCUGAGGGUGAGGAAGAAUGGGCUCAAUAUGCCGAGAUGGGGUUGGACAUUUUAAACGAACAAGAAGCAGAUUUUGCCAGACCACCACCCAUGUCGGACAAAUUGUACAUGGCAAUCGGCGAGAAAGAUGUGAUCGAGGUCGCCCAUCCUACUCCAUCUUACAAUGAGCCCAGGCGAAUAAUGGAGUCAAGAGUGCAUUUGGGACCUGUAGCUUCCGGUCGACAAGUGGCGAGAGAUGACCACUUACGACAAGAAUUGGCUGCUCGACUUGGAAUCCUAGCAUUUGAUUCCGAGUUUGAUUCUGUCUUGGAAAGUGUGAUUGGAAAUCGACGAGACGCUUUUGUCGUUAUUCGAGGCAUUGCGGAUUACAAGGACGGAACAAGAAGAAGAGAUUGGCAACCUCAUUCGGCCCUGCUUGCAGCUGCAUUUGCAAAAGCAAUUAUCAGUCGCAUGGAUCCUCCUACGGACGACUAAUUGGCUAAGUCGUUUCAAAUGUGGAAUCCUUAUUUUACUAUUAUAAAAAUUUAAGUAGAAAAUUAGACAAAACGCGUUCCAGUAGAUCCUAGCUACAUUUAUUUAAUAAUAACAACUCGCUAAAAAUUACAAUACAUAUGUAAUUGCUAUACUCUAUGUAUAUGUAUAUAUAUAUAUCUAAUCUUAAAAACAGCACGGUAUUAAGUUCCCAUCUGUAUCAACAAAAUUUUAUAAUCUCUACAAAUGUCACUAGGUACUUGUUCUGAUUUUGAGAAAUACCUGCCAAACAAAUUACAAGUAAACAAGCCAUUCUGUCAUCUCAUCGUCGUACGACUCGGUAGAUUAUGUAGAUAUAUUCACACAAUACUUAAAUAUUAUACAUGUAGAACAGAGCAGUUACCAAUUUAUGAGCUACAAGCACCACAGUCACAGAAUCUCUUCUAGUGCACAAAAAACUAUUGACAGCAACAGUUAUACUCAAGUGUUAUAACCACUCAUAUUCAAUUUGUGGAUCUUUAGUUUAAAAUUUUACGCUUUGAUAUUUCUAGUCAAAUGAGCAGAAACACUGGCAUUCGAAGAGAUCAGUAUACCAUGCUAAAUAAUAAUUCUCGUUUUUAAUCGCCAUUUAAUUCCGUUUCAAUUAGUUAGCCAGGUGAAUUAUAUUGAAGAGAAAAAACAAUUUACAGCUCUUUUUUUUUACUGCUCUCAUCUACUUACCGACUUUUCUUAGUCAAGCAUUUUUUAAAAGAAUUGUAGCACUCAAAAGAUGAAAAAUUCUGAUAUGCAUUUAAUGAUGAUGAUGUAGCUCUAUUUUACAUGAGACUGUCACUACCUGCAAGAGAAAUUAUUUAAUAAUUAUCUAAAUCUAAAACUAUGUAUUUAAACUACAAAUUCCAGAAAAAAUGGUGUCUCUUAUACAUUAAUCGUGUUAUCAUUCCUGUUUCAUUCUUCUCUUCUCCACAAAUUGUAUUCUCGUACGGAUAGAAAACAAAAUGCCAAGAACAUACAACGAUCUGAUAUAUGCAUAUAAAUAUAUUAUAUUACAGUCAUAAUAGUCAGUAGUACAGUGAGAAAGACAUAUAUUUAUAAGUCAUCAUUUAUUGUUGCAUUUGUAGCUUAAUAAUAGUAACGCUAUUCUUAGGACAUGAUCCACAUGUUCCAUACAACAGUGCCGAUCUGAAUAUUAAUACAUAUUAUUUAAAUAAGUAGGAACACUUAGUGCUCACACCAAAACUUGCCCAUGAUUAUUACUAAUAAACAAAUAACACUAAAUACUAGUUGGCAAAUAUAUGGUUGACCUUGCCUCUUAGUCAGAAUAUUGUUACACGGAGUUUUAAUUUUACAAUACUGACCCUGACCUGCCUCACAAACCUGAGACCUUAUUACUGCAUCACAGGAGCUGCUUCAAGAAGAAAAGUUAAUUCUGGGAAUGAAAGAGGAAGAAGCGUCGACACGAUUGAAAUUGGAGUCUAGCUAAUAGAAAAGUUCAUUUACCUUUAAAAUUAAGUCACUAUUAUUUAAAGUUAGGUUGGUUAGAUCUGCUGAUUUGAAUGUGCAUUUGAGAGGAACCUAUAUAUAUUCUACAACGGGAGUGUUAUUACAUACUCAUGACAUGAAUAGAAUAAUUGUCACUUUAACCCUGUUGUCGGUUAAUAUGUUGUUGCAGUGUGUGUUUGUGAGUAAAUAUUCUAACUAUUAUUAUUAAAAUAUAUAUAUGUAUGCCUUACACACAUGUGGCAUGCGUAUUUGCAAAGUAUUGCUUCCAAAUUGAAAUGCUGAACUGAUAUUGUUUACGUUACAUGUAGUUCGGAAUAGUAGGUCGCAUACAUAUUUCUAUUCACAUUCAUCCAUAGAGCAUUCAUCACAUAUUUAUUUGCAUUUAAAAGCCCAGCACGACUAAAUAGCAUCGUUAAUUGAAUUUGCUUUCUCAUCCGAGCAUUGUGUUGCUUAAUUCGAUUAAAUUAUGAAAAGUUGAAAUAUCAAGUCAAUCAAUAAUUGCGGGGUUUUGGACAAGGAGUUUGACAUGGUCAAUUAACAGUACCAAAGCCAAAAUCAUGUUAUUGUACUUAUACGUAUGGUUUUGACAACAUAAAUGUAUCAUUAUAAUUCGUACGCGUACAUAUAUAUUUAAUUUAUUCGAUUUGCUAAUUGCGUUUAAACAAUAAAACAAGAAUGUUGGAAC